CCAAACAUUCACCACUCGGCUGACCAAAUAUCUCCGUUUCUGUCUCGCGUUUCCCCACUCGUUGCUGGACGUAUACAUAGUCGUAGGCUCCGUAUGAGUUUAGUAGCAUUUUGACCUGUAUUGAGUGGAGUGUAUGUCCACGACAGACGCUUAAAAAGUCUACAAAAUGUAUUCUUCUGGAGCUUCUGAGGUGGUUGAGGGACCCCGAUCUACUGGGUCUGCAAGCUCUGACCCGCCAUCUUCACCAGUGCCAGAAUAUGUUUUCAAACCGCCAUCACGGCCAGACUUUGGCACCAUGGGCAGGACAAUCAAGCUCCAAGCCAACUUCUUUGAGAUGGAAAUCCCCAAACUGGAGGUCUAUCAUUAUGACAUAGACAUCAAGCCUGAGAAGUGCCCCAGAAGAGUCAACCGUGAAAUUGUGGAGCACAUGGUCCAGCACUUUAAAACACAGAUCUUUGGGGAUCGAAAGCCAGUGUACGACGGACGGAAGAACCUUUAUACCGCCAUGCCUUUGCCCAUAGGCAGAGACAAGGUGGAGCUUGAGGUGACUAUUCCAGGUGAAGGUAAAGACCGCAGCUUCAAGGUCUCCAUCAAAUGGGUGUCCUGCGUAAGUCUGCAGGCUCUGCACGAGGCACUAGCAGGGCGGCUACCCAGCGUUCCCUUUGAAACUAUUCAAGCUUUGGACGUGGUCAUGAGGCAUUUGCCCUCCAUGAGGUAUACCCCAGUUGGACGCUCUUUCUUUACUCCUUCAGAGGGAUGUUCUAACCCUCUGGGUGGUGGCAGAGAGGUGUGGUUUGGUUUCCAUCAGUCUGUAAGGCCAUCUCUCUGGAAAAUGAUGCUCAACAUUGAUGUUUCUGCCACUGCUUUUUACAAAGCCCAGCCUGUGAUUGAGUUUAUGUGUGAAGUUUUGGAUUUCAAAAGCAUUGAAGAACAACAGAAGCCUUUAACAGACUCUCAACGAGUGAAAUUUACAAAAGAAAUCAAAGGCCUGAAGGUUGAGAUUACUCACUGUGGACAGAUGAAAAGGAAGUACAGAGUGUGCAACGUUACGAGAAGACCAGCAAGCCACCAAACGUUCCCCUUACAGCAAGAGAAUGGCCAAACCAUUGAAUGCACAGUAGCACAGUAUUUUAAGGACAAAUACAAGCUCAUCCUGCGAUACCCCCACCUCCCAUGUUUACAGGUGGGACAAGAGCAAAAGCACACCUACCUCCCUCUAGAGGUGUGUAACAUAGUGGCAGGGCAGCGGUGCAUCAAAAAGCUGACGGAUAAUCAAACCUCCACUAUGAUCCGUGCCACCGCCCGAUCAGCACCGGACCGUCAGGAUGAGAUUAGCAAACUGAUGAGAAGUGCCAACUUCAACACAGACCCUUAUGUUCGUGAAUUUGGAGUGAUGGUAAGGGAUGAAAUGACAGAAGUGAAUGGCCGCGUCCUGCAAGCACCUUCAAUACUGUACGGCGGCAGGAACAAGGCAAUAGCCACACCCAUCCAGGGAGUGUGGGAUAUGAGGAACAAGCAAUUCCACACUGGCAUUGAGAUCAAAGUGUGGGCCAUUGCUUGCUUUGCUCCACAGAGACAAUGCACUGAACUGCUGCUUAAAGCUUUCACAGAUCAGCUGAGGAAGAUCUCCCGUGAUGCGGGAAUGCCCAUCCAGGGUCAACCUUGCUUCUGCAAGUAUGCCCAGGGAGCAGACAGCGUCGAGCCCAUGUUCAGACACCUCAAAUACACUUACCAGGGGCUUCAGCUCGUGGUGGUCAUCCUUCCUGGGAAGACACCAGUGUAUGCCGAGGUGAAACGCGUUGGGGAUACAGUACUUGGAAUGGCCACACAAUGUGUGCAGGUGAAGAAUGUUCAAAAGACGACACCUCAGACUCUCUCCAACCUCUGUCUGAAGAUCAACGUCAAACUGGGUGGUGUCAACAACAUCCUCCUCCCACAGGGCAGGCCGUUGGUAUUCCAGCAGCCGGUGAUCUUCCUUGGUUCAGACGUGACUCAUCCACCUGCAGGAGAUGGGAAGAAACCUUCCAUUGCUGCUGUGGUAGGUAGUAUGGAUGCCCAUCCGAGUCGGUACUGUGCCACAGUGCGGGUGCAGCAACACCGUCAGGACAUCAUCCAGGACCUGGCCAACAUGGUGAGGGAGCUGCUUAUUCAGUUCUACAAGUCCACCCGGUUCAAGCCCACCAGAAUCAUUUACUACCGAGACGGCAUCUCCGAAGGCCAAUUCAACCAGGUUCUUCAGCAUGAACUGCUGGCAAUCCGUGAGGCUUGCAUCAAACUUGAAAAGGAUUAUCAACCCGGCAUUACCUUUGUGGUCGUACAGAAGAGGCAUCACACAAGAUUGUUCUGCAUGGACAGAAACGAGAGGGUCGGGAAGAGUGGCAACAUUCCUGCAGGGACCACAGUGGACACCAAGAUCACACACCCAUCAGAGUUUGAUUUCUACCUUUGCAGUCAUGCUGGCAUUCAGGGAACCAGCAGGCCGUCUCACUACCACGUGCUUUGGGACGACAACCACUUUUCAUCAGAUGAGCUGCAGGUCCUCACCUAUCAGCUUUGCCAUACCUAUGUCCGCUGUACGCGGUCAGUCUCCAUCCCAGCACCAGCCUACUACGCCCAUUUGGUGGCUUUCCGGGCUCGCUAUCACUUGGUCGACAAAGAGCACGACAGUGCUGAGGGCAGUCAUACAUCAGGCCAGAGCAACGGGCGUGACCAUCAGGCAUUGGCUAAGGCUGUUCAAAUCCACCAGGACACCCUGCGCACUAUGUACUUUGCCUAAAAGCACACAGCUGCAGGUUGGCGUGGGUGAGACCCCACAGAUGGAACACACUACUCCCUUGCUGUCUCACCGUUACCUGUAGAUGGCGCCAGAGUGGUUUCACAUUGUGAUCUCCCUACCGAACAAACCUGUCAGUUACCCAUAAGUCUACAAUUGUACUCCAGCCCUUAAACCCACCAAAAUCAAGCCAGCUAUUAGACUAAGAUCCAAAAAGGUGCAUUUAACUGGAAGAGAUUUUAUUUACGUGUUAUACAUUAGUGUGUAUUUUCAUUUAUUCUCGAGAAAAGUUGAGUAUGAAAGGAAAUGGUAAAGUUAGUACACUGAUAAAAGAAGUCUACCAUUUCUAAAUUAGUGAGAUUUAACAUGGGUGGGAUGUCUAUAUGAUUUGGAAGAAGCCACUCACUAUCAUCCUCCUUUUUUACUUUUUUGUUUUGAUAGGGUCUUGUGGCUAGAAAGAGGAAGAAAACUCAAACUUAGUUAGCGUAACGGCAUAACUAAAUUGUUAGGCUUGUUUGUAAGCCUAGCAGUUUAGUUCUGUCGAACAAGAGCCAGUCACAGCAAAGUGCACUGAACAGUAUGGGUUAAAAAGAAUAUCAGGACAAAAGUACUUAUAGUAAUGAGUUGAUUUACUACUUUUCUCUCCCCUCCUUCAUUCCACAUAGGGCAUUAUAUGAAAGUGCCAUUUGAGACCAUCGCUCUUAUGUCACUUCUGGUAAAAUCUAUGAACUGGUUGGUGUGUGUCUGCUGGGCUUUCAACAAUCAUUUUAUGUCCAAUCUGGUGACGACUAAAAGAUUAUAUAUACAUAUAUAAUUUCUUUAUAAACCAACAUUUUGUGUACUUCAUGUUAACGCUAAGAAACUGAAAUAACACAAAUGUUUAUCUUUCUCUUUACCACCCGUUAGUCUGAAACGGUAAAGUCGCACCAGUAAUCGUCACACGGAGAGACGGCGUAGUGGGACUGGUUCCCAUCAAGGAUGCCUUUGUAACGGGUCCUGAGCCGUAAAAAAAGAUGCAUGAUGUAGAAAUUGACAGAGGGAAUCACGAUGAAAUAUUUUUGCAUCCCUUUUGUUUUUGUAGGUUUUUUUUUUUUUUUUUUUUUUUCUCCCUUAUUUUUUUUAUAUGGAUAUACAUAUAGCGGAAUUAUGUUUUUGACUUUAUUCUUUUUCAACCCUUGUCCAAGUGGCAUAUUUAUGUGGAUUCUCGGUGUCCAGGAUAUUCGGUACAGUUGAGUCAAAGCUGCAACAUUUGAGAUUUGAACAGAUUAAUAUUCCCUAAAAGAACCUCUUUUUUUCAUUUAGAGUUUGUUCCAGGAGUCAGGAGCAGUCAUCGCACAAAAGCUUAUAAUUUAUGCAAAUUACUUUUUCUGAGUCAUUUUACUAUAUAGUAAUGUUGCUAAUAAGGUGUGUUUUUGAAUAAGCUUUCAGUGGAGGCUGCUGAAAAUUUUAGUCAGUUGUUUUUUUAAGACAGGCCCAUGUUGUCUAGAUUAACUCUAUUUGUAUACAUAUUUUAGAUGUAAGAAUUCUGUUCUGAAACCGUCAAAAGCGUACUAAUGAGAUCGAUAUGUAAUAAUACCCCACUUUAGUUCAUACAAAACUGGCAAAUUUUUACAUAGUGGUGUGAUAUGGGGUGAAUAGGCUAUAUUUUCUAACUAUGCAUUUUUUUUUUCUUAAAGAUUUAGCAGUGGGAUUUCCCACAUGAAUUUGAGUCAUUUAUAGAAGUAGACAAUCAGGGCUUUUUGUGUCUUUUUCUUUUUUUUUUCUUUGUUUUUUUUAAGUGUAUUUCAUUUAGUCGUGUGUUUUAGUGCUUAUCAGCAUCCUCAUGCCUUCCUAGUAAAAUUAAGUAUUUAUGUGGCCAUUUGUUACAUUUUUAAAAAUUUGGAUAUAUCCUUUGUAACAAUUUUAUCUUUCCAAGCCAGACAAGAUUACAAACUUUUACAUGAUUUAAUAUUCUAAAGAUACAGAAGCACAAAAAAAACAAACAUUUUCAAACUUAGGUGCUAGAUGUUUUCACUGUAAACCACCUUAGAUCCUCACUGGUCCACAUGCUUUUUAGUUGUUUGCUAAAAAGAUGUUUCGUCAGCUUCGGAAUCUUUUUCUCCCUCCGUAACCUCGACGUUUCCCAUUUUUACUUACCUGUAAACCAACUCGUAAUCCGACUGACUGUGUUUGCGGGGCAUUCAGAAAAUUACGUACUUGAUAUUUACUGUUAUGAUGUCAAUAUUGUUCUUAUCGGUGCUGGUCUCACAACGUGUAAAUUUGAAUGCACUUUUGAUAGCAGAACAUGGGUUUAACUUCUAUAGAUGUUUUGUUUUUCCUCAAUUAAAACAGGAGGCUCGGCCAUAUUGUGUGACACUGGUGUAAUUGCAUGGAAAUGGCUGUGUGUUCUACCUCUUGUUACCUGUUUAAAGUGUAUGGUAACAUCACACUGCUGGCCAUUUCUGUAUAAUUACCCCUGCUAUCUAAUUGGCAUUCUUUGAGUCUUGCAUUGACAGUAAAGAUAUUAAUCGCUUGGUUCAUUUGACAGUUAAAGCGUUUUCUCAGUUUAUGUAGUUGUAAUUCUUUUUUUCUUUGGGGAUAAUUAAACUGAUGAGACAGAAUUUUCUUUUUUUUCCCCUUUUUGUUUAAGAGUGUGUUGAGCUGUACGACCAAAUUCUCGAACUGCGUUUCUUACCUAAACACAGCUUUCCCUGCUUUUUUUUGUCUUUUUAUUCCAUGCACCACUAUAAUGACACUUUUUGUAAACUUUUUUUUGACACUUCACUUUUCCACCGUAGCAGCAUAACGACAAAUGCAAAUCUCUCCUUCAUCAGGACAAAGCAGGAGGGUCCCAGUGGUGCUGUCAGACUAAUAGUCUCUGCUUGAGAAGUGAAAGGAAACUGGAUUUAUUAUUAAAAAAAAACAAAGAUACGUGAACCCUGAUUGAAAUACUUAUGAAUAGAUGCUGAAAAAGAUGUAUCAGUAUUUGAGAUAAAGUGUGACUUAUUCUUUUACUGUCUUGUAUUUAAGUCGUUAAACGCAACUCUUGUUCAGAUGGAGAAACUCUGGCUUGUAAAUGUGAAUGACGUUGUUUGUAGGCAAGCUCGUCUUCAGGUAAUUGAGCUUGUGGUUCUCAUAUGAAUUAAUGUUUAACCUCCAGUAUAUUCCUGUGAUGAAUUGUGUCAAAUAACAGUUACCGUGUAAUUUUCUUUAUUUUCUUUUUUCCUCCUUGCAACAUCACGGACAUGAAAAACCAACUGUCUUGAAUAGCGUAUUUUAAGGAGUAGAAUUUUUGCAUUUGUUGUUACUGCUCGUUUGUUUUACAUUACCUACACCAGCACCUUAUGAAACCAGAUCAAAGUGGCAUUGCUUUUCCUGAAAGUGACGCUCAAAUUUUUGACUGUUAUUUUUGCACUAAAUAAACAAGCAUGGACUUUGUAGCUAUUCGUGCAUUAACGGGACAGACUUGCAGCCACUUCUCUUUUGUUUUUUUGUCCCUUAAGGAUUGGUGGCUCUUAAAACUAAAAUGCAACAGGCAUGCGAGUCUCACUUGCCAUUCAGAGAUGAUUGGACCAGCUGAUCUGGUGGGUUCUCCAGGCAGCCAGCACUCAGUAUGUCUUUUUUUUUUUUUUUUUUUUUAGAAAUAACCCGAUGCCUUUAAAAUAAGAGUGUGACGCUUUUAGUUCUGUGUGUGUGUGCGUGUGUGUGUGGGUCCAGGAUAUAAAUGUGUUUUAUGCAAAGCAAACUGACAGCUGAUUAGCUGUUUUUCUUUUCUUUUUAAUUCCUAAUUGUUGGCUUGAACGCCAAAGUGCUGAGGAUUGAGUGUGUUGGAAGGUUUGACAAGGUCUCUGACCAAGACCGCAACGCGCAUCUAGGAUCCUACGUCAAGUAAUGCCUCCUUAUGUAGAAUUCAACCUUAAACCAAACAUAUCAAAACUCAGAAUAUGCUUCUUUUUUUUUUUUUUAAAUCUUCAUUGUGAGGUCAUUUAGGAGUGUUUCCAUAUGAAUUUAUUUUUUUUAAUUAUUCCUCUUAGACAUGUAAAAUAAAUGAACACUGGGUUUGUUUCAUUGGGCUUUUUUCUUUUCCUCUUCGGAGAGGCUGAACCUGGACUGACACGUCCUACAAAUGGCUGUUUUUUUUAAAUUAAAUUAUAACAAAUUAGGCUAAAUGGAUGAAGAAGCAGUCCAAAUAUGAGUUCAUUACAAACCCAUACCCUCUGUAUGGUCGUGGGUCUGAUCCCUGCUGCUUAUGAUUCUUGUCGAGAAACUUUUCCUUCCUUUAGAAGUCUCUUGUUAAGUACAGCAUGUUUUCCCAUCUUCAAAUGAUAAUGAAUGUAAAAACGUCUGUGUGGUUUGUCGGGUUGUGAAAGCCAGCUGACCAGUACAUUAACUCACCUUUGUAUUUUGUUUGGAGCCUUUUACCGGUAGUUUUUUUUUGCCGUUUUCUCUUAUUUAUAUUUCUUCCUUCUAUAACAUUUGUUACCUUGGAAACUGCAGCUGAUAUCACUUCUUUCUUGGCGUUUAGGAGACUAACUUCACACUGGUGAAAAGAAGAGUCAUAACUUUUGCUCUAGUAUUGUAGUGAUGUAAGGUGAAAUAACAGCUGAGCGUGUGUGUACAUAUAUAAAUAUGAGGGUUACUUAGGUGCGUGAUGGUGUUUGCUGUUCGCUACAGCUCGUGCUCAAUCCUCAGCUCCUGCAGAGUGUCGUCCCUCAGUUUAGCUUCACAUUUUUUAGCACAGUGCCACAAGUCGUUUUUUUUUUUUUUUUUUUUUAGUUUUUUGUCUUCAGGGCAGAUUCUUGUUUUCCUGCUUUUGUCAAUUGUAUUGUUGCUUUCCAGAUAUAUAAAGAAACAUUCAAUGAUUUGUGGAGCACAGGGACGGCUUCAGCAGUCGCCCCGUUGCUAUUUUUAGACGUGCUUGUCUGAAACGUCACAUUGUCACGGCGACUGCCAGAGGACAAUACAUUAUUGUAUUGAUUCCUGAUCAUGGAGUACAAGUGUAAGUGGAAAACUUGUAUACCGUAGGAAUGACCAGUUGCCCCUCAGCUCCACUGGAUGCAGCUGUUUGCUUGUGGUUUCAGUGGUACUUGGCUUGUUUUGAGAAGUGGACAGUCUUGGCUACCUGUUUGAUCUCAACUUAUAUGUUAGGAAUUGCUCGGAGCAGGGCUUUAUACGUAGUUUGCCACCCUUGUUUCAGAUCCAAAUAUUUCAUGCAGCUGUUUGAUGGAUUGCCAGUAAUGUUUUUGGACAGCGAUGGCCCCAGAAGGAUUGAUCCUGAUGAGUAUGCAUUUACGUUUUCCUAUAGAGCCACCACUGCACCGUUUUUGACCUCUGCUCUAUAGAUUGGUAUAGAUGAAGUUUACUCACUUGAAUCGCCAACCACAGGACGGCUUUGUAUCCUCAUCUCUUCUGUGGUUUGCUGUAACAGUGGUCAGUGAAAAUCAUUAUUUUUGUAUGGAGAAUCCUCAGAGAAGCUAGUCUGGUCGGCCAUUCACUUAAAAACUCUCCCUUGUCAGAUGGAUCUGGUGUUUCUCCCACUGACGACCAUUUCCACUGGUACAGAAUGCACCGAACCAACCGCAACCAGGCAAGGCUGGGCUUUAUGCAGUGACCAAGUAUCCAAGAGUCACUAUUUAAAACAACCUGCAGAAUUGCUAAUAUAUUUUAUAAACAUGUUUUUUACUGCAAAACAUUCAUAAGGGUUUCUACUCUGCUGCACGUCAUUUUUGACAUCUUUUGUUGAUAUUUAACUAGUUGCGUUACAUGUUUUGUUUCUUUGAUUGGUUGCAUCCCUAUCCAGGGGCAGUGUCCUCUGCGUCUGUCGGGCCUGCCACCGCAAAAUCAAAGUCGAGUCAAAACCAGGUUCAUUCUUUCUAUCAAAGAGAGGAAAUAUUUAAGAUGACUGGCCAGGCUAGCGAAAGGCACGAGAGAGGAUGAAAGCCAGAGGAUAACGCGGCCGUGUCUCAUGGACACUUGGGUUGGCAUCCAGAAUGUAGAAAAUCAGAUCUUCACUGUGGAGAACUGUUACCGGCCUUCAGACCAAUGCCACUGAGCUGAUCUACACGCAUGUAGUCGUGCAACGUUGUAAUCUUGUCAAAGCAUUUUUAGCUUCUAAUCACUUGGCUUUUUAUUUUUAUUUUUUUUUAUAAAUAAAAAAAAAACUACCUCAGAGCAGUAUCAGGUGCUAACUAAUAUCUCUUAUUUAUAAGAAUGGAAAAAAAAAAUCAAACAUUGUAGUGACCAAACCAAUACAAGCCAAUAUCAUGCAAAAAACCUUAAAAAAAAAAAAAGACAAAAAAAAUAAAAGACCUGUAUUACUGGUUGGUUGCAUUUUUAGGGGACCAAAUUUUCAAGAUGAGGAAUUUCAUUGUUUCAUGUAAAAAAUACUUCUUUUUUUUCCAAAAUAAUGCAACAUCCCGGCACAAUUCACUACUCAUUCAUGUGUGAUUUAAACCAAUCCCAUCCAGUUGUCACGACUGGGUUUUUCCAAACGUGCCAUCGUAAUUGUGGUUCACUUGGUGGUGAAGUUGGUAGCAGGCGAGAAGGUUGAGAGGAAGAUGCUCGGACAGGAAUCGAUGUUGGUGUGUGGGCUGUAGAUCAUUGGUACUUUGGGGUUAUUACAGUAUAGCACUGCUGGUUUAGCAAGCGUCUGAUAGUUGGCAGGAUAAACGACUGCGAUUUACGUUUGGAAGCAGCUUCUUCCUUUGUAGUUCUGUCAAAGUUGAGACAAUUCUAGUUGUGUAGUGGAUGCAGUCGUGAUCAGAAGCAUUUUUCUGCCGCCUCAACCCAGAAAUGCAAUAAAACAAGUAUUCAUUUUAUUACAACUUUUUCUUACUAGUAGCUACACUCUGCACCACUUUUAAAGGUAUACGAUGUAGUUUUGCAUGGGACGACAAAGGGACGUAACACGUUUGAACAUGCUCGACAGCAAAUCAUUUGACGAAAGGUACAUGUGAGGUUGUCAGUUAACUACAAAUUGAGUUAAAACCGAAAACAUCCCGCGGGUUUGUAGUUGCUUUAUAUGUGCCUUUUGUCGGAUCUCACCUCUCCACCUGCCCAGGCGCUGGGCUUGUGACAAAAUCCGCCAUGCCACAUAAAAGUCCUCUGUCCUAAACUGUCACGCAGCUGUGUGCGUACAUGCUGCAGAGAACCAUCAGUAUUUGUGUUUUGCACUUUCAAAGCAGUCUGAAAAAAGAAAAGGAAAAAAAAGGCCCCUGUAAUGUGGGGCAGAAAGUAAAAAAAAAAAAAGAACUGACGAGGUAUUUUAUGCUAUCAAUAGGAAUUAUGAUGAAAAUUAUGACUUUAAAAAGCUUUUCUAAAAAUGUUGAUAUAUCUAUACAAAUAUAUAUAUUCAUGAAGUACCUCAUAAGCCUGAUAUAUGCUGCAUUGACUAUUUUCCUCUUUGAUUCAUAUAACCCAAUAACAUUUGAACUCUUUUUUUUUUUUUUUGUGUCUGUUUUUCCCCUCCCCAUUCUUGGGAGGUUUGAAUAUCACCACAGGCUGCACCCACGCCUGAACUCUUCACCCGACAGUUUUGUUGUUACACGUUCCUCCCGGUGGCCAAAUCAUAAUCUGCCAUUUACGCAAUAAAUACGCCAAUUUCCACAUAUUCUUCAGCUUUUUGUAUGUUAAAGCCUAUUUGUCAGAGUUAUCGUGUAAUAAUGUGGCCAUUGACUCAGGUAUUGCCGUGAAAGGGCUGUAUCUGUUUACUGCAUCCCUGUCCCAAAGCCCCAACCCCCCCCCGCCCCGUCUAUAUCUUAAAACUA